AAUGCUGCAUUUGUUGUCACUUCAGAAAGAUCCAGCUGGAGGGACCUUGGGGCACCUCUUCAAUGUCUCCUGCUACUGCGUAUCUCUUGGGAGAGUGGCUGAGUGACAUUAACAUUCUCUCCAGAUACAUUCACCUACAGAAACUGGAACUUUCAUAUAAUAAAAUUAAUGAUCUUUCUUGUAUCAGUCACAUGCCUUACUUACUAGAACUGAAUGCUUCCAACAAUGAAUUGACCACAUAUUUCAGUUUUAAACCACCUAAAAAUCUCAAGGAAGUAGAUUUUUCCUACAAUCAAAUAUCUAAAAUGCAAGAUUUGUCAGCAUACCAGUCACUUACUAAACUCUUGCUGGAUUUUAAUAACAUAGAGCAGAUAAGAGGACUGGAGAAGUGUCACAGUCUGACUCAUCUUAGUUUGUCACACAACAGACUCACUGCAAUCAAUGGCCUUGAGAAUUUACCUAUCAGAAUACUCGAUCUGAGCUCUAACCGGAUUGAGAAGAUAACUGGGUUGGACAGCUUGAAAGCUCUGCACAAGCUGGACCUGUCUAGCAAUAAAAUCACUAGUCUAGAAGGCUUGGAGGGACAUGAUCUACUAGAGGUGAUCAACCUGGAGGAUAACCAGAUUGCUGAGCUGCGUGAACUUGAGUAUAUUAAAGAUCUGCCUCUCCUCAGAGUUUUAAAUCUUUUAAAAAAUCCUGUACAGGAGCAAACAGAUUAUUGGCUCUUGGUGAUUUUCAUGUUGCUCCAGCUAACAGAACUGGAUCUCAAGAAGAUUUCAGUGGAAGAAAAGGUUGCUGCCGUGAAUAACUGGGAUCCUCCUCCAGAAGUUGUUGCUGCUAAAGAUCAUCUGACUCACGUUAUGUACAGCGCGCUGCAGCCCCAGAGGAUUUUUGACAGCACUUUACCUAGUCUUGAUGCUCCCUACCCCAUGCUGGUACUAGUUGGUCCUCUAGCCUGUGGUAAGAGAGAGCUUACUCAUAAGAUCUGCAGACAGUUCAAGAAUUUCUUCAGAUACGGUCCCUGUCACACUACCAGGGCAGCUUACUUUGGUGAAGAAAACAGACUUGAUUACUAUUUCAUUUCUGAAGAAGCAUUUGACAAAAUGGUGAAGACAGGGAAGUUUAUAGCAACCUAUAAAUACAGUGGCUAUUACUACGGACUUGGAAGAGACACUGUGGAAUCAAUUGCCAGAGAGGGUCUUGCAACCUGUGUUCACUUAGAAAUAGAG